UUUGGUCACAGCUGAGAAAGUGUAAUUUUUUCAACAUACCUAAAAAUAAAAAGCAAAUUAACCAUAUUAAUCAGGUUGUGGAACGAGAAUUCGACCAUGAAUAGAAGUCAAAGAAACUCGCUACUGCAACACGAGGUGUUGUGCUGCCGUGUAUGUUUAAUGACGGAGUGUAGACUGUACCAUAUUCAUGAAUAUAAACUCGCCGAUGCCUUUACUCGCAUCUCUGGGGCUCCUGUUGCCAGAGACAGUCUGCCGCAGUAUCUGUGCGCGCACUGCUACGUGCUGCUCCUCAAAUGCUCGUCCUUCAGAGACAUGUGUCUCCGCACGCAGAAGCGACUCACACCUGCGCUGCUCAAGGGGGCGCUGGAUACAGAUUACAUUCGCAAAUACCAACUCCCUCACCGGUCGCUCAAAUUAACUCAAACUGAAGUCGAAAUAGUAGAAUUACUCCCACCGGAAGAUCUAAACAGUGAACACACUGUGUCGAUGGAUGACAUCAAUGAAGCUGAUCUUGAAAUAAAAUCGGAAAUUGGAGAAGAUUUAAUUGAAAUCAGUGAUGAUGAUUUUGAGGAUGAAAUCGUUUUAAAUGAUGGUAUAAUCACCAAAAGAAAAAUUAAGAAAAAAAAGACUAAAGAAAAUGUCUUGAAACCUGAAAGAAACACCAAAAGCCCCAAAAGGCAGACUGAAACACCAGUGAAUAAUAAUAUGUUCCCAAAAAUUGAACGUAUCUACAGUCAAAGCAUGACUAUUGAUAGAAGUCUAAUAAAAUUAGAAAAAGAAGUACCAAAAACAAGUCAAACUCCAGUAAAGAAUGUAGUCUUAAAAAUCGGACGUGUCUAUAAUGAAAGUAUGAAUAUUGAUCAAAAUCUAAUGAAAAUCGAAAAACAAAAUACAGAAACAAUGAAAAUGAUGACGAUUGAAGUGAAGAAUGAUAUAAUUGAAUUCAAAGUUGGUGAAAAAACGGAUGUUAAUGAUGAUCUUAUUCAUAAAGAAGUCGGUCACGAAAAUAUAAACGUAAACAUUAAUAGAAAAAUGGUCCAAAACGUAAAACGUAGCGAACAUCCGAAGAAAUUUAUAAAAAAUAAAGAUACGCAACAGCUAACUAAAUUGAAUUUUGCCGCAAUUGAGAGUACAUAUGAACUUAAAAUUGUCACUUUGAGUAAGGAAGAGCAACUGGAAGAGAUCGCAACACGCAAGAAGUCCCCGAACUAUUUGGAGUCGCCGUUUAGGUGCGAGCAUUGUGGGAAAGGGUUUGGCGUGGAGUCCGCCUACAACAACCACCGAGUCUGGCACAGCCCGAACCAAGGUGCGCACUCAUGUGACAUCUGCGCUAUGAGAUUUAGGGCGCCCAACAAGCUCAGUCAGCACCAGGCCCGGCACCGACUGAAGUUCAUUUGCAACGUGUGCGACUUCGUCUCCAGAACCAGGCCACAAGCGGCUAAACAUCACGGCACGCACACGGGCACGACCUACGAGUGCCCGCACUGCGGGAAGAACUUCAUAAAGGUCACGACGUACUUUUCCCACUUGCGUCUGAGGCACCCCGAGCUGAACGUGGACUGCUUUGACUGCGGGGAGACCUUCGUCAGCGACUACGGGCUCAUGCAGCACAAGAGGAAGUCACAUGACUUGAUAUUAAAACAGUUUACAUGCGCUAUCUGCUUAGUCAAAUUCACCAGUGAAGAGGCGCUGAACAAACAUACAGAGCUGGCCGGCGAGCAUCGAGAGAAACUGUUGCCCUGCGAGCAGUGCGGCGAGAACUAUGCCACUGAAGACGCGCUAAAGGAACAUGUGGGGGAGAUGCAUCCCACCGAGGCAAAUCACUGUGAAUUGUGCGACCUGGCGUUCGCGAACGAGGCGGCGCUGGACACGCACAACCGCCGCAAGCAUCUCGGCCAGCGGUACGCGCAGCCGCCCGGACACUACCGGAACAAGCACAACAAACAUUAUAAUAACAGAAGGAAGCAACAGGUCAAGCCGACCAUGUGCGAACAGUGCGGGGUUACUGUUCGGUAUCCGUCGAUGAUGGUGUACCACAAGCGGACGCACCUCGCCGUGAAGCCGUUCCCGUGUCCGCAUUGCCCGAAGACAUUCGUCAUGCCAUUUUUGCUUAAAAGCCACAUGCGAACGCACACGGGGGAGAAGCCGCACCAGUGCCCCGAGUGUCCGCUCGCCUUCGCCAUGAAAGGAAACUUGAAACGCCAUUUUGACACUGCACAUCGUGGUAUACGCGGUUUCUUCCCUUGUCCGGUGUGCGGGCGCAUCUCCACCACCAAGGGCUCGAUGCAGGUGCACGUGCGCGCCGUGCACGGCGGCGGCGGCUGGCCCAAGCGGAACCGCGCCAAACGGAGAACCAACAUAUUAGUAGAUAAAGAAUGAAUAAA